UUCCCGCCAGUGUUAUCGCCACAGCCUCUCAGGUAAGCCCGACAGCCCCACCAGCCGCUCGGGAGGCACUCGGGCAGAUGUAGCAUCGGUUUAUUCGUUGGGCGUCAGUGUGCCUGCGGAAGGUCAUCAUGAAGGUCGCCCUCGCCGUGCUCUGCCUCGCCGCCGCCGCCUCCGCCAGGAUGGCCUACCAGCUCCCCAACGGCGUCCUCGACAUCCUGGGCGGCGACCCUCAGCAGGCCUUCUCCUGCGACAACCGCGCUUACGGCUACUACGCCGACGUCGCCAACGGCUGCAGGAUCUUCCACGUGUGCGAGCCCAUCGCCGACGAGGAGGGCGCCGUCGUCGAGACCGCCCACUACUCGUUCGUGUGCGGCAACCAGACCGUGUUCAGCCAGAGCUCCCUCACCUGCGCCCACCCCGAGGACGCCUUCCCCUGCGACCAGGCCGAGACCAUGUACGACGCCUCCAACGCCGACUUCGGGAAGAUCCCCGUCGAUAUCUAAGGGCGUUGUUCCCGCCCUCGACCGCCCCCUCAUCCGAAAUCUCUCACCGAUAUUUCUCUCAUCAAUCAGCAGGACUGAACACCUGAGAUGUAUUUUCUGAAUAAAAAAAAAUGAUUACA